UCAUUUCCCUCGGGCUGAUAACAACUAAACUUCCUAAUUUUUCAAAGGUGAAAAAAAGUGAAGAAAUAAAAAUCAAUUUUUUUUUUCCCAAAAGAAAAAAUUAGAAGAGAACGAUGGAUUUGAGCAAGCUGAAGAAGAUGGAGGAUGUGGUGCGCAUUGGGGGCAAGGGAUCGGUGCGCCGCAAGCACAAGCACGUCCAAUCCUCGCCGGCCUUGGAGGAGAAGCGCCUCCAGGCCACGCUGGCCAAGUUGCCGCUGAGCCAGGUGCCCGGCAUUCAGCAAAUCACCCUGGAGAUGAACGACUCCAGCGAGAUACUGCUGAUGAGUCCCAAGGUCCAGGGCUCGGUGGCCAACAAUGUGUUUGUGCUCAGCGGCGACUUGGUUCACUCCAAUCCGUCGAGUUCGAAGUCGCAGCCUGCUGCCAGGACCCAGCCGGGUCAGCCAUCCCAGGUGACCAGCCAGGUGACCAGCCAGGUGACCAACCAGGUGCCCAAGAAGCCCAAGAAGCCGCGCAAUCGCAUUCGCUGUCGCAACAAGAGGGUCCAGAAUAUGCUCGCCCAGGCCGAGGAGGCUGGCAAAAAGGAGGCCGAAGAGGUCAAGGAGCAGGAUCCCCAGGCAGGCGGAGAUUCCCCGGCCAAGGAUGACCCCCGUCUGGAGCGGAUCGCCGAGGAGGUCGAGGAGGAGGAGGAGGAGGAUUUCUCCGAGGUGGGCUCCAAUCUGAGCGCCGAUUCCGACAACACCAAAGUCCCCUCGGAUGGCUCCGACAUGGAUCAGACCAUUGUCGGCGAUGACGAUUCCCUGGGCAGCUGGGAUGCCCCCACCUCUGGGCAUGAUUCGGAUUCUAACCAAGCCGACGAUGAGUGCGAUGGCUGGGCCGAUCGCUAUAACUAUUCCGAUGAUGAAUACCCGACUGAGGUGCCCCGCCCGGGUACUCCGCGUGGCCCCUUCUCCGACGACGAACUCGACUGCCUGACUCCGAUGAAUCCCUAUACCGGCUCCUCCGACGAAGAGGACAAUAUCCAGGCCUAGUCGUACACAAUUUCGGGCUGUCAGCUAAAAACUAGCUGGCAAAAUGCUGAAAAAUAUGCUUUCAUGGCCUGUCUCGAUUUGUUAUUUAUUUUUAAAAGCAACUUGGUACCUUUGUAAGUCAAAAAUUUAAUAACGAAUCGAUAAAUCCUCUGUGAAAAAGCA